AUGAAACUUUGCUACGAUUUACGCGCUGGGGUUGCCGUCCGCCAUGUUAAGUUAAAGCCCAGGUGCGCGGUGUUGACCAUGCUCAGGCGCCUGGACAAGAUCCGCUUCCGAGGCCCGAGGACGCGAGACGACUUCCCCGAGCUGGGCGACUCGCCGCCGGCCUCCGACAACGAAUGUAGCGAAGACGUGCCCGCCAAGCCGCGCGCGGCCAACGAAGAAAUCCCACGAGACCCUGCUGGUUCAGGGUCUCCCAUCAUGGCAGCGGCGAUCCAAGACUUUCAGAGAUCGGAGUCGGACCGACUAAAUGAAGUCAAGGGACACUUGGAAAUUGCCUUACUGGAGAAACACUUUCUACAGGAGGAGCUGAGGAAGCUGCGCGAGGAGACCAAUGUGGACUCCUUGCGACAGGAGCUGGAGAGGGAGCGGAGCAAGCGCCUAGACCUGGAACAGAAGAUGGGUGACGUACUUAAAACCAGACUGGAGGAUUCUCCACCGCAACCUCCUAGAAAACAACAGUCGCCCUCUAAUAAUGGAACAGCCGACAAACAGCAGAAAGAAGUAUGGAGCUCACGGCUUCAAAAGUGGUUGUACGAGCGAUUCGGCGUCUACAUCGAAGACUUCCGCUUCCAACCCGAGGAGAGCACCGUGGAGGCCGAGGAACCGCUAAGUGCUAAAAGGUUGACUGAAAACAUGAGGAGACUCAAGCGAGGAGCUAGACCCGUCACCAACUUCUUAAGGAACCUCUCCGCCUUAUCGAAUUGGCAUUCUGUCUACACCUCAGCUAUUGCCUUCAUUAUCUACAUGAAUGCUGCUUGGCAUGGCUGGGCCUUCCCCAUGUUCCUCUUCCUGGCCAUCUUGCGCUUGUCUUUAAAUUACCUCAUUGCUAGAGGUUGGAGGAUCCAGUGGAGCAUUGUGCCUGAGGUCUCGGAACCUAUGGAGCCGCCAAAGGAAGACCUGACUGUGUCGGAGAAGUUUCAGCUCGUCCUUGAUGUUGCACAAAAAGCACAGAACCUUUUUGGUAAGAUGGCAGACGUUUUGGAGAAGAUCAAGAACCUCUUCAUGUGGGUGCAGCCUGAGAGCACCCGAAAACUGUACAUCUGCCUGUGGGUGGCUUUCAUCACCUCCUGCGUGCUGCCAUACAAACUCAUGGGCUUCAUGAUCGGCCUGUACGCCGGCAUUAAGUUCUUCAUCAUAGACUUCCUGUUCAAGAGCUGCCCCAAGCUGCGCGACAAGUAUGAUACGCCGUACAUUGUGUGGAACAGCCUCCCCACAGACCCCCAGCUCAAGGAGAGGACCAACGCAACUGUGUCUCGCCGGCUGUCAACCACAGAGAAGGUUCAGCCAGUUGCUUCCCGAGGCAGCCUAGCGACGGUGCCUUGCGGCGUUAACCGCGAGGAGGACGCCGGCCGCUCUCACAGCACCAAGAAGGGCGCCUUCCACGAGAUCUUUAACCUCCCGGAGUCCGAGCGCCCUCUGACAGUUUGCGAGAACGGCUGGAGGUGUUGCUUGAUAAAUCGAGACCGAAAAAUGCCCACGGAUUAUAUUAGGAACGGGAUGCUUUACGUCACGGAGAAUUAUUUGUGCUUUGAGAGCUCCAGUUCCAGAUCAGGUUCCUCCAAGAAGAAUAAAGUCAUCAAACUGGUGGAUAUUACUGACAUACAAAAGUACAAGGUGCUUUCUGUCCUCCCGGGAAGUGGAAUGGGCAUAUCAAUUGCAACUCCUUCUACUCAAAAGCCGCUGGUGUUCGGCGCCAUGAUCCACAGAGACGAAGCCUUCGAGGCCAUCUUCACCCAGUACACCAAGGUGGUCACCACCAGCAAGCCGCCGGCCGCCAACGCUGCGGCCGCCGGCGUUGAAAUUUAG